UAACGAAAGGUAGACGAGGCCACUGGAGUUGCGGCAUAAUCCUGUUGCAGAUUGAGAAUGCUCGACACGACGGAGUGUGCACGGAGCGCGGCGCGUUUGAAACUGGCGCCCAGGAGGUGUCACGUGGCUCCAUUGCGCAGACGCCUCCGACGCGCCGCUUCCGCCAAACGGUUUCCCUGACAACAGUCGACAACAACAAACCAGCAUUCCAAAACACAUCAUUGCGUUGUUUAUCUGCAGGCCUGGACCCGCUUCGAGAUGCGGACGAUACCCGCCUGGGUUGAUAAAGUACAUGACAGGGACAAAGUCGAACAAUGCAUCUAUGACCUUUGCUUCAAUCCUGAUGGUUCACAGCUUGUAGUUGCUGCUGGACAGCGAGUACUAGUGUAUGACACAACAGAUGGUUCAUUAAUUCAGCCUCUAAAAGGUCACAAGGACACAGUUUAUUGUGUGUGUUACGCCCGUGAUGGAAAGCGUUUUGCUUCUGGUGGAUCGGAUAAGACUGUAAUAAUUUGGAACAAUAAGUUAGAAGGUGUUUUAAAAUAUACUCAUGGGGAUGCAAUCCAAUGCCUGGCUUUCAAUCCUUUAACCAAUCAUCUGGCUAGCUGUGCUAUUACUGACUUUGGAUUUUUAAUUGAGGAUCAAAAAGCUUGUCAAAAAUAUAAACCUGGAGCUCGUAUUAACUGUUGUGGUUGGACUAAUGAUGGGCAGUACCUUGCACUUGGUCUUGCCAAUGGCUGUGUCUCCAUUCGCAACAAGUUGGGUGAAGAGAAAGUUCGCAUUGAGAGACCUGGUGGAUCAACAUCUCCUGUGUGGGCUCUAGCUUGGAGUCCAUCAAGGGAUGAAAAUUUUGACAUUCUUUGUGUGGCUGAUUGGUCUCAGACACUUUCAUUCUACACUUUAGGGGGAAAACCAGUGUAUAAAGAGCGCAAUUUGGGUUUUGAUCCACUUUGUGUAAGUUAUAUGAGUAAAGGAGAGUAUAUUCUUGUGUCUGGCUCAAACAAGAGCUGUGUCCUCCUUACUCGUGAAGGAAUACGUCUCGGGACUGUGGGUGACCAACAACAAUCAUGGGUUUGGUGCUGUGCUGCACGACCAGAUUUUUCCUACGUUGCUAUGGGUUGUCAGGAUGGAACUAUAGCAUGUUUGCAACUUGUCUUCAGCACAGUGCACAGUUUGUACAAGGAAAGAUAUGCCUACAGGGAGAACAUGACUGAUGUGAUAAUACAGCACCUAUUAACUGAGCAAAAAGUACGCAUAAAAUGCAGAGACCUAAUAAAGAAGAUAGCUAUCUACAAACAUAGACUUGCGGUUCAACUUCCUGAGCGGGUUGUGAUUUAUGAGCUCUAUUCUGGAGAUGCUACUAGCAUGCACUACAGAGUAAAAGAUAAAAUAAACAGCAAGCUUGACUGUAACCUUCUCGUUGUGUGCACAAAUCACCUUGUUUUGUGUCAGGAGAAGAAGUUGCAGAGUCUCACAUUUGCUGGCCAGAAAGAGAGAGAAUGGUUAAUGGAUUCACCCAUUCGCUACAUUAAGCUUGUAGGAGGUCCUGCUGGUAGAGAAGGACUGCUAUUGGGUUUAAAAAGUGGCCAGAUUUGGAAAAUUUAUUUGGAUAAUGCUUUUCCUGUUAGUGUUUUAAAAGUAACUGCGGGAGUGAGGUGCCUAGACCUCAGUGCUUCUCGCGGAAAGUUGGCUGUCGUUGAUGAGAAUGGGGCUUGUUCAGUGUAUGACCUGAAGGCUAAUCAGUUGCUGUAUCAGGAACCAAAUGCUAGCAGUGUGGCAUGGAACUCACACUGUGAGGACAUGCUCUGUUUUUCUGGAAAUAACAUGCUGAGUAUCAAAGCUAGCAAUUUUCCUGUACACCAGCAAAAACUUAUGGGCUUUGUUGUUGGACUGUGUGGAUCAAAAAUAUUUUGUCUCAAUGUGUCCACAAUGUCGACAAUUGAGGUGCCUUUGUCUGCACCCAUGUAUCAAUACUUGGAAAAUAAGAUGUUCAGUGAUGCCUAUCAUGUGGCUUGUUUGGGUGUCACUGAUGGAGAUUGGCGAGCAUUAGCUCAUUCAGCUCUUGAGGCACUGGACUUUGAAGUUGCUAGACAAGCAUUCAUCCGAAUUAAAGACUUAAAAUAUCUUCAACUGAUAAAUGAGUUUUUGGAUAGACAACGGAAAGGAGAAAAGGAUAGAGAUCUACUUGUAGCUGAUAUACUGGCGUAUCGAGGCAGAUUUAAAGAGGCUGCAAGAUUGUAUCAAAGAGGGGGACAAGAGCACCGGGCUCUGAACAUGUACACUGAUUUAAGAAUGUUUGAUCUGGCUCAGGAGUUCCUGGGUUCUGGGGACAGUAUUGAUAGGAAAGCUUUGAUAAGGAAGAAGGCUGAUUGGGCUCGAAAUAUCAAUGAGCCAAGAGCUGCUGCUGAAAUGUACCUUUCUGCUGGUGAUACACAUAAAGCCAUUGAAAUCAUCGGUGACAAUGGAUGGGUUGAUAUGCUGGUAGAUGUGGGCCGGCGUUUGGACAAGGCUGACCGCACUGGUUUGGCAUUAGUUGCUGAGCAGCUCAGGCGACUUGGACACCUCUCUCAUGCUACUGACAUGUUCCGCAAGUUAGGUGAAGAACGUGCAAUAGUCCAGCUACAUGUUGAAGCAAAUAAUUGGAAAGAAGCAUUCUUGCUAGCAGAGAGACACCCAGAAUUCAGACACCUGGUGUUUGUGCCAUACGCUCAAUGGCUUGCUGAAAAUGAUAGAUUUGCUGAUGCUCAAAAAGCCUUUCACAAAGCAGGCCGUCCAGAAGAAGCAUUCAAAGUCCUACACCAGCUCACCGAAAACGCUGUUAAUGAAUCACGAUUUCAAGAUGCAGGAUUCUAUUAUUGGGUUCUGUCCAGACAAUGUCUCGAUAUUGCGAGGCAAAGGGAAGAUAUUCGUGAAGAAAUGUUAAAAAAAUUCCAAGAACAUAGCAGUUAUGCCUCCGUGUACUAUGCAUACCAUACCAUACAGCGCUAUUUGGAUGAACCAUUUACUUCAUACAUGCCUGAAGCUCUGUUUAACAUUGCUCUAUUCUUAAUGUUAGAAAUGAAACAAGUACAACCAAAGGGUGUCUCCCAAUUUGCUGUGCUGUACACACUAUCCAAGCAAGCACGGGCUCUUGGUGCUUACAAGUUGGCAAGACAAGUUCUAGAUAAAAUGCAGUCUUUGCGCAUUCCUCCGAGAUUUCAGGAAUAUGUGAAUGUAUCUGCUCUAAUGGUCCGUUCAAAGCCUUUCCACGAUGCAGAGGAAUUGCAGCCCAUGUGCUACCGUUGCUCUUCUUACAACCCACUCCUAGUUGGUCGCAGUGGCAACCGUUGCUCUAACUGUGGACAACCUUUCGUUCAUUCGUUUGUGUCCUUUGAGGUUUUGCCUUUGGUAGAGUUUGAAUUGGAACAAGGAAUAUCUGAUGAUGAAGCUGUAAGAUUAAUUGAAGCUCCAGUCGAAUCAGGAGAAAAGCAGUGGACAAGUAGUUCCAACAAUGGAUACCAGACAUUGCAAAUACAGCAUGAUGAGUUAAAGCCUGAUCCUUUCACUGCAAGGCUAGUUAAUUUUGAGAGUGGCAGUGAUGAUGUCAGCCCAGUUGUUGUUAAUAAAUCAACGUUAGAAGCUAUGGACUCGAGCACUGUGAUAAUUGCUUGUUGGCCACCUCCAUUGCGCUACAAAUUUUAUAGGAAUCUGUUGCCAGAAUUACAAAUAUCCCAGUGUCCUUCUUGCUUUAAGAUGUUUCAUGUGGAUGACUUUGAGCUGCAAAUGCUCCAGAAUGGCCAUUGUCCUUUUUGUAGAUCAAAACCUGGCUCCUCUAUCUUAGAUACCACUGAUGAGCUCCCUUUGCCAACACAAUAACAGUAAAAUGUUAGAUUAAUUAUAAUUUGGAAAUUUUUAUAGUACCUUUUUUAUUUUAUUAAGGGUGAUUUUUAAGCAAAACCAAAAGUAGGGCAUUUGAAGAACCAUUCUAUUGUGUCCUACUUUUGGAUUUGCUGCAAAUUUUAAUAUGUGAGUUGUUUAUUGAUUUGUCAGUUUUUGUACUAAAUGCUGUGAUUGUAGGGUACAGGAUAUUUGUUUGUGUAAUAACUGGAAAUGAUAUCAGUCUGUUAUCUUUUUAAAAAGUGUAAUAUGUAGAUUUUAACUUUGUCUUACCUUGGCAGAAGGUACUGUAGUUACUUACAUACUGUGUUUGUUUCUUAUACAUUAAUUUGAAUUUGAGCUCUAGAAACCAAAGGCAAAAGAAAAAGAAAUAGAAAUAAACAGUCCAAAUACAUUUUUA